AGAGGCCUCGCUCUCACGGGCAUACCUGCAUACCCUGUGCGAUAGAUCAAGUUGACGAUCGCCCACCAAUAUCGAGCCACAUGGUGUCCGCCCAGCACGCUAACCGCAUGUUCGCUAGAGCGUCCACCCUGACAAACCUCGGCUUGGCGCCCGGUCGUCCCUGCCGACGAGGAACGUCAACCGUCCCUCAAUCCGCCUGUCGCUCUGUUCCACGUCGGCGGUCUUCAUCCCUGCCAAUUCGCAUCUCGCGCUUGCUGACCGUCUUCCAUCCGCCGAAUCGGUCUCGACGUGCAUUGCAUUGCACCAUACUAUCCCGGAGCACAACAACCUCAUGCAUUAUUGAUAGCUCAGAUCGUCUCUUUCUCCCUCGCCCUCCCUCUCUCUGCGCCUCGUAUUCCGUUCAUACCUCGUCAAGGGCCAUGUUUGGCUUUUCCUCCAAGCGCCGGAGGGAACAUGGGGAUCUGGCGGAUGUCGACUACAACGCAUCCCAUGAACGAAAGAAAUUCUGCCCUUUAGCUUUACGUUCCUCUCCGAACACGGCCCAGAAACCUUCCUUCGCCGAAGCCCACCAAGUUGCUUCCAGAAUCGGCUUAUCCACUAUAACACCCGUCGAAUCAUCAGAUGAGGAGGAUGGAGACAAUGGAUAUAGCGCCACGAACCGACUUUCUCGAUCAACUGCGCAAUCGCAUAGUUUAAGGACGGGAAUGGAGAUCGAUAGUGGAGAAGAAUCCUUCCCCUCGGCAUGGACGGCAGCCGCAAAUCACGACGGCGGGAUUCAGCCCUCCCCCAUACCCAACAAUAUGAUCAACCAGUCACUCACUAUCAGCGAGCGACAUGACAGUAUGGACACUCGGAAUCCUUUAGCUCCUGCACGCCGCGAUGAACCCACGCCCGAGAAGAUACACGACCCUGCGCCAUGGCAGGAUCAACGUCUCCCCAGCCCGGUCAGUGAAUCAGAAGACGGAUUUCCGAGCAGCAUAAAUUCAGUUAGCGAUACCGACAUGAACUAUAAUAUAUCUCAUGCCGCUUCAUCCCCAGCCGACGCGACUAGUUCAUGGCAGUCAUCUGCUGGUUUACAUGCGCGGCCCGAUCAUGUUACGAAGCCGCGAAACAAGAAAAUCACAUUUUCCAUGGGAUUUCGUGCCGAUUGCGAAAAAUGUCAUCGAAAAGUACCGGGGCAUUACAGUCAUAUCAUUCGCGCAUGACUCUGGUCCCCCUUCUUGUCUUCUUCGCCGACACUCCUCACUCAUCACCUGAUACCCCU